CUCUCUCUCUCUCUCUCUCUCUCUCUCUCUCUCUCUCUCUCCCUCUCCCUUUCCCUCCCUCCCUCUCCCUCUCUUUCACUCUCUCUCCCUUGCUUGCUCCUUUUCUCCUUUCUCCUCCCCCUCCCUUUCCCUCCCUCUUUUCCUCCCUUCCUCUCUCCCUCUCCUUUCCCCCUCCCUUUCCUUCACUCUCUUCUUUCUCUCAGCUCUCAAACAGUAAAGAAAAAAUGCUGCUAUCAGUGACUUCCCGGCCUGGGAUUUCGACUUUUGGGUAUAACAAGAACAACAGGAAGCCGUAUGUGUCAUUGCCUCAGCAGAUGGCACCGCCAAGUCCAAGGAACGGCACCCCUAACAGCAGUGGGAGCAGCGGGAGUGACCAGCUGAGCAAAACCAACCUCUACAUCCGGGGAUUGCAGCCAGGCACUACCGACCAGGACCUUGUCAAGCUCUGUCAGCCAUAUGGCAAGAUUGUGUCCACCAAGGCCAUACUGGACAAGACCACGAACAAGUGCAAAGGCUACGGCUUUGUGGACUUUGACAGCCCUUCAGCGGCCCAGAAGGCUGUAGCCGCACUGAAAGCUAGUGGCGUGCAGGCACAAAUGGCAAAGCAACAGGAGCAAGACCCUACAAACCUGUACAUCUCAAACCUCCCACUGUCGAUGGAUGAGCAGGAACUGGAGGGGAUGCUGAAGCCCUUUGGCCAGGUUAUCUCUACUCGAAUCCUUCGAGACACUAGUGGGACCAGCAGAGGGGUUGGCUUUGCAAGGAUGGAGUCCACAGAGAAGUGUGAAGCCAUCAUCACCCACUUUAAUGGAAAGUAUAUAAAGACGCCCCCUGGAGUAGCAGCGCCAUCUGACCCCUUGCUUUGCAAGUUUGCUGAUGGCGGGCCAAAGAAACGACAGAACCAAGGAAAAUUUGUGCAAAAUGGACGGGCCUGGCCAAGGAAUGGAGACAUGGGUGGUAUGGCCUUGACCUAUGACCCCACCACAGCUCUUCAAAAUGGGUUCUACCCAGCCCCUUACAACAUUGCACACGGCCGGAUGCUGGCUCAGUCUGCACUCUCCCCGUAUCUUCCAUCUCCUGUGUCCUAUCAGAGAACGACUCAGACCUCCCCUCUACAAGUACCUAACCCAUCUUGGAUGCAGCACCAGCCGCACCUCCUGCCUUCAGGCUCAGUUCUGACCCCAGGGAUGGAGCACCCCCUCUCUCUGCAGCCUGCCUCCAUGAUGGGACAUCUUACCCAGCAACUGGGCCACCUGUCACUCAACAGCCUGGGCACGUUCAUGCCAGCAGCUGCCGCUAUGCAAGGAGCUUACGUCUCCCAGUACCCCAGCGUGCCUUCUUCCAGUGUUUCUGUUGAGGAGAGCAGUGGUCAGCAGAACCAAGUGGCAGUGGAGGCCCCCUCAGAGCACGGGCUCUUUCCUUUCCAGUUCAGCAAGUAAUGAGAUCCUGACUGAGCUGCUUCUCAUCUUCAUGAAAAGGUUGGAUAUGUUGGGAUUGCUGAAGAACAAAAUAUCAGUGCUGGAAAAUUGAUGAAGGAGCCCUGAUUGCUGAAUUUAGUUAUGGACUAUUUUUGAUAUGUGUCGGUAUGUGUUUAAAUAUGCAGGCUUAAAAUUUUUGUUUUGCAAAGUUCUCAGCUCACAUUUUGCACCUCCUACCCUUUAAGGCAGGGAAGAUCUCACAUGUGGGCUGGGAACAUAGACCAGGUCAGCCUUGAACUCACAGAGAUCCUCUCUGUCUCCUGGCCGCCCCACUAUGCCUGGCUAUAGUUUUAAACUUCUUGUCCAGGUGGCUUUUUUCUCUUCUCCGUUUAGCUGAACCUGCCUACCUUGCCUUUUUACAGUUUUUAACUUUUAAAUUUGAUUCAAAUUCCAUAUGGAACUGGGGGAAAGAGAGCAACGCCCAGGUAGAGAAAUGAAGACAACGGAGGUGGCUUUUCCACUGCCCUUCUAGGAGGGCACUCGUCUCCUAGGAGACAAGACUUUGACUUCAGGAAGCAGACCUGUGACAACCGUGCAGCCUUUGGAAGCCACCCUUCAAGCAAGUGGUGGCAAGUGCCAUUGUACUCACACUGUACCUUGCCGUCCAGCUCCAGCACUCUGGGAACGCCUGCUCUGCCCCCUGGAGGGUCUUCGUUCUGACCCAGGUCUCACCCAGCUCCUGCCCCUGCUGAGGACGUUCUGCCCUUCACUUUACCUAGAGGUGGUUUUGCCAUCUCUGCUGCUGUCUAUCAUCCUUGAUCACCAUGCCUGAAGACUGGUCACGUGCGCUGGGCAAAUACUUGUUGCAGACCAAGGAUGGCCCUGAAUACCUGACAGAACCUCAGCCCCCCCGCACCCCCCCCCCUUCCAUCUCACGCCCUGCAGAGUUAUCUGGUUCAGAAUAGAAGCCUUAAGAUAAAAGUAUUUCCCUGCCUUUUGGAGUAGGAGAAAUCCCCAGCCCAGCCCUGGACACGGAGCCUGUAAAGUUCAUGGAACUGACCAGCGGUGGCAGCUGACUUUUGAAUUCUCACCAUUCUGCCUCCCAGAGGAUCUUUUCUGCCUGGGUGUCACAGUAUCUCCCCCAAGCUGCACGCUGCUGUACUCAUGCUGUACCUUGCUGAAUCACUUAAUUCAGCAGGAGCCAUCUUAGCGGGGCUCACCCUUGGUUGUAUGCACGUGCCAAGUGCAGUUUGAAGGGAUGAAAGUGAGAACUGCUCUGUGUGCUUGAGGAAGGACCUGGCUCAGGAGCAGACUACCCUGCCCAGCCCUGGUGUGUUUGGACCCCUUCCCCAGGGAACCAGAACACCAGAAAUCAUUUUCCUUCUUGUGGAAGGACAACGGGGUGCUAGACUAGAAAAAGGCAAUAAUAUACCCAGCUCCUUACAAGGUCAGGAGGGACCUUUAAAAGUGCCUGUCUUUAAGUGUCCCCACCCCCUACAAGGCCUUCCCCACAAUGUGACACAUCCCCUUCACAUCUCCACUAGACAGUAAUGAGAGAGAGAAACGUGUCCGGGGGAGAGGCAGGGUAGGCAUGGGGUGAGAGACUGGCUCAGCAGCUAUGCACACUGCAGACUGGGACUCCAGGCCUGGCUGUGCUGUGCUUUCUGGGAAUAAGGGGCUGAGAGCACAGAGUAUUAAGUACACAACCACUGGUUUUCCCACUGAGCUUCCACCCUCAUAUCCAGUUAAAGGCCUCCAGCCCUCUGUGCCAGAGAGCAAAGCCAGAAUUCUAUUUAUCACUCUGUUCAGUAGACUGGGGCAUUCCUGCUGACAAUCAGGGUCCUGUAGUCACUGCUGACCCAUUGCUGCCUUAAAAAUGUUUUUUUUCUCUGUAGUUCUAAAGCAAUUUGAAUGGCUGAUGGUUUUAAAUUUUGAAAUUACCUUUUGAGGUUUCCCUCAUGUGAGUGUACUGGUUAGAUUCAAGUGUUUCUGGUUGAACAGGUCUGAAGCAUGGGAAGUGAGGGCAACCUUUAAUUUUGUUUUUAUAAUGGUUAAUGGCACUAUGUAAUUUUUGCUUGGUGAUUUCCAUCCACUCUGUUUUCCUCUCUUGCUACUCCAGGAGGCAGUGACUGGGGACAAGUAGGAUGUAUGCUGUGAGGGGUGGUCCAUACAAAAUGGCUUCCUAGGAUGCUGGGAAGAGUUGUAAGCCAUCCCUUCACACUGCCCUAGGCUCUCAACAGGAUGCCCUGUGUCUCCUGAAUUCUGCUUGCUUAGAGGCCAGAUCUCUCUCAACCGAUGUCCAUAACACUCUUAAAAUACUUUAGCACUGUGUUUUUGUUUCCAGUUAGACAGAACAUACUAGAGUCCAUGCCUCUUAAAGUGCGAUCCUUUACUAGGCUCCAUCCCAGCCACUAGCGUCCCUUCCAGGCUCGUUGGCCCAGGCUGUAGACGGUCUGGGCUUUUGGAGAAGGGUGCUGGCAGAUGUGGGAACAAUGAUGAGAUAGAUGUGUUUUUUGUUUUGUUGUUUUUUUAGUGUUUUCAACCCAAGGCCUUGAAGAGAUGCCCAAAGGUGUGAAGCACGGCAGCUUUGAAAAUGAUAAAGACGGGACGGUAGCAAAGCAUUAUUUGCUACAAGGGGGAAGGACCAGUUUGUGGCUCUUGCUUUCUGUCCUUCCCAGACAAGUAGGCAUGCCCCCCACCCUCGGAAAAAGUGUCAGGACUGCAUCGCUAAGGGCUGGUUGUUGCCAAGAGCAAUAUAGUGAGUAGGUGGUCAGGCCCAGACUCGCCCAGCCUUUUCCAGACCUGAGUUCAGAGAGCAAGGAGAGUCUUGUAACCGUAAGACAUGCGGCUUGUUGUGAGCCCGCUUCUGAGCAGCCUGCCUUCUAAAAGUGCCUUCAAGCUUCAGAUUCCUGAAGUCGACUCAGGCUCUACAACAGCUUUACUUCCUUAAGCAGCUACAGCCAGUCUGUGUCUUUCCUUCUGAACCUCCCUGGAGGUGGUCUCCAUGUGCAGUGAUGAAAAGCUUGACCCUCAGCACUCUCAUGACCACUCUUGUCUGCUUGUUCUAAGUAAGCAUUUCCUGUCCAGGCAAAUCCCCAAGCUUCUUCAUCCUCGUUAUUCAACUACCUCAGGCUCACAGUUCAACAGGGCACAAACACUUCCUUGCUUAGCAUCACCCUUCAGUGCUUUUGUCGUCUCCAAACGCAAGCUCCUUGAAAUGGAAACUGCUCUUCUGGAUUGCCGUCUCUGGCGUUGGCUCCCUGCUCACCUGCAAGUGUGAACCUCCCAGAUGGGUCUUUGGAUGACAAGCCAGGGGCUUCGCUGUGCGGUCAGAUACCAGUUUUACAGCAGAGCUUAAGACCCCAGAGAGCAGAGAGGGCCGCCUGCAGUCUCAACAGGCUGGAAGGGGAUGUUUCUGUUCCUGCCCCUCACUGGGUGGGUCGGGUGAUAACUAUUGGAUGCACACGUCUUACUUCUUAACUGGAGAGCACGUUAAUUUAUACUUAAAGACAGGUUUUGUAUAUUCCCCCUGUACCCAGAAACCUGUAGUUGUAUAUUCUCCUAUGUCUGUACCAACACUACCUCUUGCUUGCUCUGCUGGCUCUCCUUGGCUGACUUUGGGUCCCCAAAAUUCCCUGUGAUUUGGAAGAGCUUUACUUCUGCUAACUUCAGCCUUUUUUCUUUAAAAAGAUAAAUAAAUGAAACCCAAAAGCCUG